AACUUACUGUAUUUGAUAAUGUUGUGAAUUCACACAACUUUUCUAAUAACCCAAUCUACUUCAUUUACAGGAAGUAUCCAUCAAAGCUUGCUUGCUUCAACAGACAAAAAAAUUAAUGGGCAAAAUUACAGUUUUUAGGUGACAAACAGCAUGUUUGGUGCUUCAAGAAAGAAGUUUGUAGAGGGGGUCGACAGUGACUACCAUGAUGAAAAUAUGUACUACAGCCAGUCAUCGAUGUUCCCACAUCGAUCAGAAAAAGAUAUGCUGGCAUCACCAUCAACAUCAGGUCAGCUGUCUCAGUUUGGGGCAAGUUUAUAUGGGCAACAAAGUGCACUAGGCCUUCCAAUGAGGGGGAUGAGCAACAAUACCCCUCAGUUAAAUCGCAGCUUAUCACAAGGCACUCAGUUACCAAGCCACGUAACACCAACAACAGGGGUACCAACAAUGUCACUUCACACGCCUCCAUCUCCAAGCAGGGGUAUAUUGCCUAUGAAUCCUAGGAAUAUGAUGAACCACUCCCAGGUUGGUCAGGGCAUUGGAAUUCCCAGCAGGACAAACAGCAUGAGCAGUUCAGGUUUAGGCAGUCCUAAUCGAAGUUCACCCAGCAUAAUUUGUAUGCCAAAGCAACAACCCUCUCGACAACCUUUUACUGUGAACAGCAUGUCUGGAUUUGGAAUGAAUAGGAAUCAGGCAUUUGGAAUGAAUAACUCUUUAUCAAGUAAUAUUUUUAAUGGAACAGAUGGCAGUGAAAAUGUUACAGGACUGGAUCUUUCAGAUUUUCCAGCACUAGCGGACAGAAAUAGAAGGGAAGGAAGUGGAAAUCCAACUCCAUUAAUAAACCCUCUAGCUGGAAGGGCACCCUAUGUUGGGAUGGUAACAAAACCAGCAAAUGAGCAAACCCAGGACUUUUCAAUACACAAUGAAGAUUUUCCAGCAUUACCAGGCUCCAACUACAAAGAUCCAACAUCAAGUAAUGAUGACAGUAAACCUAAUUUGAAUACAUCAGGCAAAACAUCAUCUAGUGCAGAUGGUCCAAAAUUUCCUGGAGAUAAAAGUUCAACAACGCAAAACAAUAACCAGCAGAAAAAGGGGAUUCAGGUGUUACCUGAUGGUCGGGUUACCAACAUUCCACAAGGGAUGGUGACAGACCAGUUUGGAAUGAUUGGUUUGUUAACAUUCAUCAGGGCAGCAGAGACAGACCCUGGCAUGGUACAUCUUGCAUUAGGAAGUGACUUGACAACUUUAGGUCUCAAUCUCAAUUCUCCCGAAAAUCUUUACCCCAAAUUUGCAUCACCUUGGGCUUCUUCACCCUGUCGACCUCAAGACAUAGACUUCCAUGUUCCUUCUGAAUACUUAACAAAUAUUCACAUUAGGGAUAAGUUGGCUGCAAUAAAGCUUGGUCGCUAUGGGGAAGAUCUACUCUUUUAUCUCUAUUAUAUGAAUGGAGGAGAUGUAUUACAACUAUUAGCAGCAGUAGAGCUAUUUAAUCGAGACUGGAGAUACCACAAAGAAGAGAGAGUAUGGAUUACCAGAGCACCAGGCAUGGAGCCAACAAUGAAAACCAAUACAUAUGAGAGGGGAACAUACUAUUUCUUUGAUUGUCUUAACUGGAGAAAAGUAGCAAAGAUACGGGAUGAGCUGAUUCAGCUGAGGAGUUCCAUCUGGAAUAUGAUAAACUAGAAGAACGGCCCCAUCUGCCAUCUACUUUCAACUACAACCCUGCUCAGCAAGCCUUCUGAAGACUUCCCUCUUGUCUUGGGGUAUGGCUGUCUCAGCACAAUACUCAACAUAACUGCAAAACUGAAGUGGCUCAGGCAUCCCGGUUUUAAUUCCUUUUGAGGAUCUGGCAAUUGGUUCAUGCAAAAGGGUCACCAUUUGAAGUCCUGCCUUACUAAUUAUGUGCUGCCCAACAACUAAAUUUAUAAUUUGUUUUCCUUUAGUUUGAGCAGGGUCGGAUUUUUUUUUAUAUUAUUUUUAUUUUUUUGCCAGCAGACAAGCUUGGGUCUGUAAAGACAAGCAAGUACACUGACAAAAGUUUACUACUUAGUUUCCAAAAUGUAAAAAAAGGAAAAAAGAAACAAAAUAGACAAUAAAAUUUGCAUUGUUCAUUGUAGCACUCUUGGUAAUAAAAAAAAUGUUUGUGCAUUUUUAUGUGAAGAUCCUUCUCGUAUUUCAUUUGGAAAGAUGAGCAAGGUCUGCUUCCUUCAUUUUACUUCCCCUUCAGUUUUUGAAAAGGCAGUUUUCGCCAACUUAAUGCAAGAAUAUCUGUUUAGAAGAAAGAUAUUGCCACAACUUAUGGUUCAUUUCCAAAGUUGUGUGUUAACUGAGCUUCAUCUUUCCAGAAUGAGCAAAACACUGUCCAGUCUUUGUUACGAUUUUGUAAUAAAUGUGUACAUUUUUUUUAAAUUUUUGGACAUCACAUGAAUAAAGGUAUGUAUGUACGAAUGUGUAUAUAUUAUAUAUAUGACAUCUAUUUUGGAAAAUGUUUGCCCUGCUGUACCUCAUUUUUAGGAGGUGUGCAUGGAUGCAAUAUAUGAAAACGGGACAUUCUGGAACUGCUGGUCAGGGGACGUCUAUGUCGCCCUGUGCACUAAAGGGCCAGAUCUCAGCAGCCAAGGACAUCCAUACCCAAGUGAAUGUGAUGGGACUUAACGAAGUGAACUGAAACUAUUCACUCUGGCUGUUUGAACAGCAGCGUUUCAUAGGAAGAGAAAAAAAAAAGAUCAAUCUUGUAUUUUCUGACCACAUAAAGGCUUCUUCUCUUUGUAAUAAAGUAGAAAAGCUCUCCUCA